CAAGGCUGCUCAUUGAGGCGGCAUGGGGCGCAAUGCUCGGAAGCGUAUCUCCUACGUCCUCCCGCUUGCAAACUCUGCGGGAGGCCAUCGACUGGGCGUAAACGGGUUGGCCGUCGACCCCGUAAACUCCAUCCUCUACUCUGGCGGCCGAGACGGCGUGAUAUGCGCCUGGGACCUCCACCUUGACCUCGACAAGCAGAGCCGCGAAGCAGACCCCUUCGCCGACUCCAAUGCCCCGAAUUAUAAGCCCCCUCUCACCCAGUUCCGCCAACAGGUCCAGGCGCAUACUCACUGGGUCAACGACAUCGCGCUUGCGCAGAACAAUGAAGCGCUCGUCUCUGCGUCGUCAGACAUCACGGUGAAAGUCUGGCGGCCAGCGGCCGAGGACGUGCUUCCCCCGCAGACGCUCGGCUUACACUCCGACUACGUCAAGCGGGUCGCCUCGCCGGGUCCGCAUGCGAAUUGGGUCGCGUCGGGUGGACUGGAUCAUAAAAUAAGCUUGUGGGACCUAAAUGGCGCUGGGCAGAAGCUGCAGAUUGCCGUUGGUGAAGAUGAGAAUACCGCCAAGGGCUCUGUAUACGCAUUGGCGGCUACAAGCUCCAUCCUCGCCAGCGGGGGCCCUGAGAGCAUCGUCCGAGUAUGGGAUCCGAGGACCGGGAAACGGAUAACCAAGUUCGUGGGCCAUACGGACAACGUCAGGGAUGUUCUCAUCUCUCAGGACGGAGACACCCUCAUGACUGCGUCCUCCGACCAGACGGUGAAGGUGUGGUCAAUGACUGCGGGACGCUGCAUGUACACCCUGACCAUGCAUAACGACAGCGUCUGGUCACUUUACUCGGAUCACCCGGAGCUAAGAGUCUUCUAUUCUAGUGACCGCUCAGGCCUGGUCGCAAAGAGCGAUGUUCCCAACGACGUGGAAAUGGACCAGGGCGUGUCUGUUGCAGUAUGCCAGGAACACGACGGCGUGCAGAAAGUCAUUAGCGCCGGGGACUGGCUUUGGACAGCAACUUCCAGCUCCAGCAUAAACCGAUGGACCGACGUGGAGGCCCAGGCGGAGGUUGCCUUGCCUGAAUCUUACAAGUGGCACCGAUCAAGCGUCUCCACGGCCCGAUCGAGAUAUCCCUCGCCUCCUAAUAUUCACACCCCUACUACAAAUGGUGCCCCCAAAAUCCCCCUGAAGUCUCUUCUCAGAAUGUCGAAUACCGCUCCUUUCCCGAUUUCUACCGCCAGAGACGCGGACAUGUACUCAGUGACAAGCGCAAGGAAACCAUCCGAUGCCUUGCUGGAUGCGGACCCUGGGGCGACCGUACCCGUACGAAACUUGCCCGAUUUCUCGAUCGAAGGGCAGAACGGUCUAAUCAAGCACGUUUUGCUCAAUGAUCGAAGGAGGGUUCUCACUCUUGAUACAGCAGGCGAGGUUAUGCUGUGGGAUCUGUUAAAGUGUGUCCCUAUCAGGUCGUUUGGCAAACGCCAUCUCGAAGAUGUGGCACCUGAGAUCAAUACCACGGAGACGGUCGCGCAUUGGUGCGCUGUCGAUACGAGGACUGGAAGCUUGACCUGCGUUUUAGAAGAGAAUUAUUGCUUCGACGCCGAAAUGUAUGCAGAUGGGCUCGAAUUGGAGGAGAACAUCGAUUUCCGGGAAGAUCAACGAAUAAAUCUGGGUAAAUGGGUACUGCGUUAUCUAUUCUCUAAUCUCAUCGACGAAGAGAUCAAAAGAGAUGAAGUAUUCAGGCAAUCACUAAUACAAAGCAAUUCCCUCCAACGGAACAAUGCGCCGACGAACAUCCAGAUUCCGGACGCAACUCUUGAAGGAUGGACGAAUCCCGAGACCGGCCCUACAUCAGCGUCUACGCUACGGGCAACUAAUGGACUGCAUCUCCCACUACUAACGCCAGGCCUAUCGAUUGGCCUAGCGACUCCGGCAGUGCCACCACCCGUCAUAGGGACUCAACAAGUACACACUCUGCCAACUACACAUGAGGAAGGCUCACAGUUGGAGAAAACUCAUACGCAACAGAGUCACGGGCGAGACUCAUCAGAUUACUUUUCAAGAACACCGGUGCCUGGAGCUGCAAUUACACCGGCGGCUAAUGGGAAUGCUAAACCUGAGGCAUCAACAGAGGAGAACCUGCCUCAGUCUCCCGCAGAACCUGAGAGCGCUGACAAGACAAAGAAGGGCAACGCCUUGUUUUCAAAGAAGUUCAACAUGAGCUUCAAAAUGAAGAAGUUUGGCGGCACCUCGGCCCCAGAAGUCUCAAAACCUGCGGCCGUGGACGAGAAGUCAGAGGAUUCAGACUCGAGGUCAUCAAAAACAGACGAAAAAGUCAUUGAAGACAAUUUCUUUGGAGCAAUACAGCGGUUUAGACAUGUUUACGAGGAACAAGUCCAGGAUGGUGCUCAGGUCCUUACAUCUGCAAUAACGCCUAGCUUGCCCAACGAUACACCAGUGCUGAAGCCACCACUCAAUACCACCAUUCUUAUUCAGGAAGAUCGACCAGAUUCGGGCGGUGUGGCAGAUCUGUUUGAGGGGAAUGUGGGAUCGCUGGGUCAGCAGGCGGACACAAUCGAGAAAAUGGCGCCCGUAUGGCUUGCUGAUGUGCUUCUGCGAAACCUGACUCCCCCUAAAGAGAUUGUCAAAGUCUCUUUUAUCCUCGAACCUUUUCAGAACCUCUUGCCUAGCAUUGCUUCCGACGGGUAUGUCCCUCUUCUACCGCCUCCUGAAAAGAUUGUCGGUACUAAUGGCGACAAAAGCAACAAUCGCCUCAAUGCCAAUCGCAUGCUUAGAGCUAGGAAGAUAUUAGCGUACGUUGCCGAGAGAAUCGAGCCGCCCUCGAAGGAGGAGGACGAACUCAAACCGGAGGAAUAUCUGGAGCUCUUCUGCCAGGGUCAGCUAAUAUCUCCCACGAUGACUCUUGCUAGUAUUCGUGCUCAUGUAUGGCGCGGCGGUGGUGAUGUCCUUCUCUUCUACAAGGCCAAUGGGCGCAAAGAAAUCAAACAUGCGCCCAUCUCGCUAACGCCGCCUCAAGCUGGCAGUACGGCCGGCUCAGAGGGCAAAGCAUCGUCAGAGGGAGCGCGGUCGACGCGAUAGAGUCUCCAUCUAGGCGCGGUAUAUAAUGUCUUUUGGUUAAGAGAGAUGCAGAAAGGUUACAGCGGAUGCAAAUAUUCUAUUCUAUAUCUACCCAGACCCAAUAACGCCGAUUUCGAUGCGGUUAUGGCUGUACAUUGUAUUUUACACAUCCCCUGGAAGCUCAGGCGUCGGGGGGCUUGGUUGGAUAUUGGACCGAAGCACCGGUGCUUAGUUGUGCAUGGCGGUAACUCAGCACGUUCGUUUUCUGCAUGAGCUCCUUGCUCUAAUUCCGCCUCUUGCUCUCAUGUUGAAUCCCAUCCACCUCUUGCGCCCAUCUCUUGGUCCCCUGUUGAAAUGUGUCCGCCUCUUGAUCUCAUGCGAGCUCCGUACCAACUAUAGCACUUCACUCAUGCUUCAUAGCUGGUCUCCCCCUCCC